AUCAUCAUACUCAUCACAUGUACAACUCUUUAGCUCUAUAAACCAAAUAACAAGCUUCUCAACAUCCUCUUCCUCCUCAUUUAACAUUCUCCUUCUUCUCUUUGCAUGGAUAUCAUGGACUCCUUCACUGCCCAUAAUAACCAGGAAGAGAGGAAGGUAAUAACAAAGGGACAACAACAAGAACAAGCAUUGAAGUGUCCAAGAUGUGAGUCUACAAACACAAAGUUUUGUUACUAUAACAACUACAGCCUUUCACAACCAAGGUACUUGUGUAAGGGUUGCAAGAGGUAUUGGACUCAUGGUGGUUCUUUAAGGAAUGUUCCAGUUGGAGGUGGAUGUAGAAAGAAUAGGAAAUCAUCAUCAUUAUCAUCAUCAUCAUCAUCUUCUUCUUCAUCUUCAUAUUCAAAGAAACCUCAACAACAGCAUGAUCAUGAUCAUCAACAGCAAGCACCAGGAAGUAACUUAUCUGUUCAUGAUAAGUCAGGGUUGGCCAUGGAGGAACAUAUGCCUUUCUUUCAUAGCAACCUUGAGUUUGCUGAAGCUAGUGGGAUGGAGAAUGUUGUCUUUGGGUUUGAUGAUGUUAACCUGAGUUUGGAUGUUGGAAGAGAUCAGUGGUGGAAUGGAGUUGGGGUUGGCUCUUCUUCUUCUUCUUCUUCUUCUUGGUAUGGUCUCAUUAAUGGUUCUCUCAUGUAGAGAUAUAUAUAUAUAUAUAUAUAUAUAUAUAUAUAUGUAUAUAUAUUAGAUAUUAUCUUGAUAGUUGUUGGUGUGAGUUUCAGAUGAUGUUUGGCAAUAUGCAUUUGGGUUAGCAGAGGAAUUGUGUAAGAGUUUAGAUGGAUAGAUUAUAGUGGAGGUGUUCUUCCCAAGAAAUUCUAUUAUUAUAAUUAUAUAUGAUUAUGAAAACCGGAGGAUGAUUUUGGUA